GUAGAUUCUCGAUCAGGUAGAUUCUCGAUCAGAACGAUCCAUGUUCGUGCAUGGUAUUUGACCCAAUCGAGCGGAACGUUUACUAGCGUGGCUUCCGUAUCGGGAUAUGCCGUCAUCGAUAGUCCCAUGAUCGCCAUUCUGCAAGAAUGCCUUCAUUGCUUGUGCAUGCACCUUUGACCUUCCCUCACCGUCCGUCAAGUGCUCCUCUACCGUCAUGAUGAUAGCGACCUGAAGUUUCGUCUAGCUUCGUUUUUGCAAAUCGCGUUGGCCUUCAGGCUCCCUGUUCUUGCAACUGCCUGUACAUUCUGUUCUCUACUACGCAUUCUUACAGCUACCCAACAAUCGGAGACCCUACCACGAUGUGGUCGCAACUCGAGCCCACGGGGCCGCACCUGUCGUACCUGGUCCUUACAUUGUUUCUGAUAAUGUACGCACUCUUCUCGCUCAUGAUCAGGGACAGACUACAUCUAUCUGAACCACCGCUGGCAACUGUCUUCGGAAUCCUCGUAGGACCUCGCGGCCUGGCAUGGCUGAAGCCGUACGAUUGGGGCUUUCAAGACCCGGUCAUCCAGGAGUUCACGCGCAUUGUUGUCGGUGUCCAAUGUUUUGCUGUCGGUCUGGAGCUACCAAAUGGCUAUGUGAAGAAGAAAUGGAAGGCACUUCUGGUCCUUCUUGGACCUGUCAUGACCUUUGGCUGGCUCAUAGGCGCACUGUUCAUCAUACUCAUCUUCAACACCGACUUUGCAUCCGCAUUGACUAUAUCAGCCUGCCUUACACCAACGGAUCCCGUCCUCGCAGCCUCAGUGCUAUCCAAUAGUCAGUUCAGUACACGAGUGCCGAAGCGUAUUAGAGAUCUUUUGAGCGCAGAAAGUGGUGUGAACGAUGGCGUAUCGUUUCCGUUCUUGUUCUUGGGCCUCAACAUCCUGACGAAGGCUUCACGUGGCGAGAUCUUCAAGGAGUGGUUCCUUAUCACGGUGCUGUACCAAUGCACAGUCGGUGUUAUCCUUGGGAUCACCGUUGGUCAUGUGUUCAACUGGCUGUAUCAUAUCUCUCACAAGCGCGAGAUGAUGGGCCAAGCAUCUUACCUGGCGUUCUACCUGCUUUUGGCCGUCUUCUCCAUCGGACUAGCGUCGACACUCGGAGUCGACGACUUCCUUGUCGCGUUCUGCGCUGGUCGAGGCUUCGCACACGGCGGCAACUCUCCGACAGCAGACACACGACUCCCAGUCGUGAUCGAUUUGAUGCUCAACUCGGCACUGUUCGUCUUCUUCGGCGCCAUGAUCCCAUGGGAAUCGUUUCACAAGCUCGACUCAAUUACCCCUGGCAAACUGCUCGGCGUACUAGCACUUAUCCUUAUCUUCCGCCGCAUACCCGUCGUCUUUACGUUCUACAAGGCCAAACUGCUUCCCAACGUCCGCACAACGACCGAAGCCUUGUUCAUCGGUCACUUCGGACCCAUGGGUGUCGGCGCACUCUUCCUGGCAAUCGAAGCGCGCGCUCAGCUCGAGACAGACACGUCGCUGCCGCUACCGCAUCCACCUGAUGACCUGGACCCUAAGCGACAAAGGGCCAUCACCCUGAUCUGGCCGAUCGUGUGCUUCAUCGUCCUGGGCAGCACACUGCUCCACGGUCUUAGUACGCUUGCGAUCAGUCUUGGUGAUCACUUCUCGCGCAAGAAGGGUGAGAGGGCGCCGCUUAUCGGAGGCGAGAGGGAGGGGUUGCAUGGUAUGAUUUUCGAUGAAGAAAAUAUAGGGACGGAUGAGGAGCAGGGGAAUGAGGAGGACGAAGAAGCGGAGGAUAGAGGGUAUUACAGGGCUCGCGAGAGUAUGAGAGAAUAGAGGCGGGAGGCAUACAGCAUGGUCUACACCAUGGUUAGAGGUAGAUACUGCACCAUUAGACAGCGUUGAAAGACAAGACUCCUGAACACCUCAGCCCCCACCGUUCCCGGCAUUCUCUCCAGCACCAAUGAUAAGAUCAAUAAGCGUAUGCCUCUUCUCCUUCUCCGCAUUCACCAUACACAACACUGUAGCCACAAUCACCUGAUACAAAACUCCCCCUUUCAAUCUCGCAAUCUUAUCCUCCUCAUCCCCAUCCCCAUCGACUCCUUUCUCCUCCCCUAGCACCUCUUUGACAAGUAAACCCGGCACACAAUCUUGCACAAAUCUCAACACAACGCUGUCGAAGAUUUCAAGCGCUCCGCUCUUCUCCGUGGCGAUCGAGGAUGUGUACUUUGCCAAACAGACUUCUCUC